GACUACACAUCCCAGCAGGCAGCGCGGCGGCGCCGGCCCCACGUGACAGGCGGAGGGCGGAAGCGCAGCGCGGUGGGACCGGAGCCGGAGGGCACAGGAGCGGCCAUGGUGUCCGGCAAGCAGCUGGCGGACUUCGGCUACAAGGCCUUCUCCGGGUCCAUGAUGCUGCUGACGGUGUACGCCGGGUACCUGUGCAGCGUCCGUGCCUACCGGCUGAUGGAGCGGCGGCGGGAGCGGCAGGCAGCGGCCGGCCCCGAGAGCUGAGGGGGGCAGCGUUUACCGGCUGGGGGGGGCAAGCAAUGAACCACCCCCCCCCCCCCCCGUCCCAGGCGAGGGCCUGCCCGGCUGGCGGAGAGAGGCGGAGCGCAGUAAAACCCGUUCUAGAUAUGUGUAAUAAAAUACACUGAAAACA